GCAGUUCCCGAUUAAGCAUAAAUUACCUACAAUGGCGACAUUUUUCGUAAUUGCACCAAAAUCAAAAUUACUGCCCUAAACUCUCUAGCAGAAAGACAGCACGAUAUAAACAAACCAGACUUGAACUGAACACGGCGUGAUGGCGUCUCGAUUGCAAACAACCUAUUGAAGUCCACUAUAAGGAGAAUAAUCCUGGAAUGUUUUCAUCAAAAACCUUAAUUUCUUUUCGACUGAAGAAAGAAGGACAUGGACAUCUUGGGUGACAUGGGGAUGUGUGGUGUGAUCGGAGAGGACGGUCUCGUCCCCAGAGCGCGCAGCAGGCUGCCAGUGGUGUGUGCUGCUGGACUCGGCCUUCUUAUGCUGGUGUUUGCGUGGCUGCUGGACUCUGACAGCUUCAGGGAGAGAGCAGGAAUGUUCCUUUUUUGCCUCACAGUGGAAAGGUUUAUUCACAGUAUGUGUUUGUUUGCAGAGGAGUGGCUCGUUCAUUCAAGGCAAAGGUAUCAUGGCAGAAUAAAUGAGAUCUUUCAGGCUUGCUUUCAAGGACAUGUCAUUCUGGGAAUGUGUGCAAUAUUCCUGAUGCUAAUGUUUGGUGGCGUUUCCUUUUCUCAUGAGCAGUGGAGCACCAUGACCAUCACAUGUGCCGUUUACCUGUUGCUCAACAGCCUGGGGGUGCUGGGCCCUGCUCCGGUGGAGAUCUCAGAAAUCUGCGAAGUGAAGAAGAUGAAUGUUGCUCAUGGUUUGGCCUGGUCUUUCUAUAUCGGCUACCUCAAAUUUGUCCUUCCAGAUUUACAGAACAAGAUCAACCAAUAUUCCUCCACAAGGGUGAAACUGAGCUCUCCACGUCUACAUAUCCUUCUGCCCCUCAACGCUGUGGUCCCAAACAAACCUGAAGAGGAGGACACUAAUGUGGUCUUCCACGAAAACCUUCCAGAACUGGAGUUGGACAUAGCAGGGGUACGGAAUCGUAGCUUCAAGAACUGCGUCUACAAGAUCAACCAGGACAAUAAGACUUUUAGCUGUGUUCUGGAAUAUGCCACACCUCUGCGGACGCUGUAUCAGAUGUCCCAGGAGAGCAGCGCAGGGUUUGGAGAAAGAGAACGAAAACAACAGGUCUUGCUGUUCUACAGAACCCUGAGCCAAAUUCUGGAAAAUUCUCUAGAGUGCCGGAACCGUUACAGGCUCAUCCUGCUCAACGAUGAGCACACAGGUGACCGUCAUUACCUCUCCAGAGUGAUCAUCCAGCACCUGAAACAGCAGGACGGAGAGAUUCACAUGGAUCCCAUCCGAGAGCCACCAAAUGAAAUCCAUCCAGUUCCAGAAGAGGGUCAGAUUAAGAAUUUCAGGGGUGCGCUGUAUGCCACUUUCCCAGAAGACCAAAUGAGCAGUGAACCCACCCUCAUGUUCAGCCCACCCCAGUCAUUAAGAUCUGAACCAGUGGAGACUACUGAUUAUUAGCAGUAGCUAUUAACAGGAGAUGUGUGCUCUGCAUGAUUUCUUGGUUUUUCAGUCAUUAUUUUAUAGACUUUGAUGUAAUAAUAAAGAAUCCAUUAAACCAGCUGUUAUUCAUAA